AUGCUCAUUGGAAAAUGUAUUAAUUUUAAUUUUUAGUGUGCGAUUGAUUACAAUUUUAUUACAUAUGUAUUUUGUAAUGGUUAUUGUAAUAUUUUAAUAAACAGCCCUAGAAGAAAUUAGCAUAUUCUCGCUCUUUAAAAACAAGUAAUCAUGAAGUCAGAAUUUAGGCCUAGGCCUAAUUUACAUAGGAUAAACUUAACUAAUGGCCUAGCCUGAACCAAACCAGAAGAUAGCUAAUCUACAUUUCUCAAAGGACCAUGGAGUUUCCAAAGGACUGGGACCUAGACAAGUACAAAUCCGAGUAUGAAAGUGAAGAACACUGGGAACUAAGAAAGAAGUUCAUGGAGACUCAUAAGAAUAAAUUUCCAGAAGAUAAAUUGGUAUGCUUAGCAAGGGUUUUCUUCAACAUCGAAUUUCUUGGUUGUAGAUAUCCUGACAAGACCAUGAAGUUAAUAGCAGAGCUUUCUGCGGGUGUAGCUGAUGAUUAUAGAGAAAAGAAAAAAGGAAAACUCAAGAGAACCUUUGUUCAGGCUUCAGAUGCAGCCGAAGCAAAAAUAAAAAGAACAGGUUCAACAUCUACAAGCACAACACAAGAGCCACCUCAUAAAUUACUCAAGACAAGUUUUCACCCCUCGACCAAUCAUUGGAAUUCAUGUUCCGUCCACGAGAGUGUCAUGAAACAUCAAGAUAAAGGGGAAUUCCCAGGGUUCGUUAUUUACGAGAGCGUCAAUUGUAAAUGUCCUAUCUCCCUUUUGAGUAUGUCAGUGCAUAAGAGCAAAAUGUGGAAGUCCAUAAAUUUUGACUUCCCUGAGUCGAAAAACUCUCCAACAAACCCUGAAAGGUUUUGUGAAGUGAGCAUCGACGGAAAAGUCUUAGCUUCUGGUGUAGGAAUUGGGAACAAAGAGGCAAAAAAGAAUGCUGCAAUAAAUGGGUUGAAAAAACUUCGGGAAACAUGCUAUACAAUUCAGGAAAAGGUGCCAUUUUCCUCUGGAGGUGAUCAUGUCAGCAAGGACACAGUGGUGAGUGAGAAUAAAACUCCUGAGACUCUUCCGAUGGACAACAUCGGAAGUAAGAUGAUGUUGAGGAUGGGAUGGACCGGCUCCGGCCUGGGGAAGAAUCAGCAGGGAAUAAAGACUCCUAUUCAAGCGACCAAUACAAUGCGCAGAGCUGGUUUUGGCCACAUGAACAAUACAGAGUUCCGUAAAAAAUUCAAGGUCGUGUUGAUGGACUACAUGGAGAGUGAUACAGGAAACGACCUUGUGUUCGCUCCGGAUUUCUCCAAGGAGGAGAGAAAAAUAUUACAUGAACUAACGGAAGCAGAAAAAGAAGUCGAAGAGGUAGAAGAGGGUGAAGUAGUUGACGAAGAGGAAGACAUAUUUGGAUUUAGCUCAAAUAGUGAAAUUAUCCUCCCUUGCUCUUCCGACGAUUGGGAAGACGAAGAGGAAGAUGACGGGGAGCAAGAGGAAAUGUUCAUAAAAGACUGUGAGGUCUGUGACAAACUGAAAUCAGUGACAGGAGAGGAGAAUGACGACGUCGUGAUGGACUCAAUGUGGGGAACAUGUUCUGACACAAGCGGUCUUGUGGAAAUCACAGAAUAUGUGACAAACAAAUCACCCAGCCAAGUCUGUGAUACGGGGCAGGGGUAUUCACCACAGAGUUCUUCAAAACCCCCAACUCAACCAAUUUUUCUUCCUUCCACGAAUAAAAAACGUAAGAAACGUAAAAAUAAAAGAUUUACGAAAUUCAUAUUCUUUUUACCUGAUGGCUCUAAAAAACAAAUUGACAACCCAAUUAUUAAUGAAAAUAAAGAAAUAUAUGACUAUGCAAGAGCUAAAGUAAUAGGAAAUUCUAACUGUAUCAACAUUUCAAAUAAAGACUUGAAAGAAAAUACAUUCCUCCGGGAAUUUUUUCCUGAAUAUUUAUCGAAAGUAGAUCUAGACAACAAUGCACCAUCUGCGUUUGGCAGCCAAAAUGACUCAAUCCCACAUUCUGAGAAUAUUUCCAACAAUGAUACUUCGUACAGUGAUACUUCCAACAGUGAUUCGGAAGCAAGUAUAAGUUCAAUGCAUCAGAUCCAUGAAAAGAAUGUUUCAAACAGUGGUACAGAAACAAACAUAAGUUCUAUGGAUCAGACCCAUGAGAAGUACGUUUCAAACAGUGGUAUAGAAACAAACAUAAAUUCAAUGCAUCAGACCCACGAGAAAAAGGUUUCCAACAUUAAUAGAGACACAAAUAUAAGUUCAACGGAUCAACAUAGCGAGUGUGAAAUCUCAGGACAGCUCUCUCUGCAAAGUGUAUCAUCAAACAAUCAAACCAGUUGUUCUGAAAAUAUUCAACGUGUAACUGGCCAGUUGACUCCUCUUUCUUUCCCUAAACAACGCUUCCCUUAUUACUCAAAUGUAAAUCCAUUCCUUCCUGUGAUCCAGCCAUUUCCUCUACCUUUCCAACACCAACCAACUCGACAAUUCCUUCCCUCAACGAGUCAAUCAGUUCCAACACGACAAUCAACACGACAAUUCCUUCCCUCAACGAAACAACCAGUUCCAACACCACAAUUCCUUCCCUCAACGAGUCAAUUAGUUCCAACACCACAAUUCCCUCCCUCAACAAGUCAAUCAGUUCCAACACCUCAAUUUCUUCCCUCAACAAGUCAACCAGUUCCAACACCACAAUUCCCUCCCUCAAGGAGUCAAGCAGUUCCAACACCUCAAUUCCUUCCCUCAAUGAGUCAAUCAGUUCCAACGCCUCAAUUCCUUCCCUCAAUGAGUCAAUCAGUUCCAGCACCUCAAUUUCUUCCCUCAACGAGUCAAUUAGUUCCAACACCACAAUUCCCUCCCUCAACAAGUCAAUCAGUUCCAACACCUCAAUUUCUUCCCUCAACGAGUCAAUCAGUUCCAACACCACAAUUCCCUCCCUCAAGGAGUCAAUCAGUUCCGAAACCACAAUUCCCUCCCUCAAGGAGUCAAUCAGUUCCGAAACCACAAUUCCUUCCUUCAACAAGUCAGUCAGUUCCAACACCACAAUUCCUUCCCUCAAUGAGUCAAUCAGUUCCAACACCACAAUUCCCUCCCUCAACGAGUCAAUCAGUUCCAACACCUCAAUUCCUUCCCUCAACGAGUCAAUCAGUUCCAAAUAAAAGUAUUCCCCAUACAGGAAAUUCGUUAAAAAGAUAUAGAAUGAAAAGAGUCAGAUUUUUUCUACCUGAUGGUUCUUUUAAACGAAUAAACGUAUCAGUUAUUUAUAAAAAUAGAGAAUUAUCAGACUUUAUAAAGGUCAAUAAGGACGAAAAUGGUGCUGUUCGUGUUACAAAUAAAGAUUUGAAAGUAAGAAAAUUCCUGCGGGACCUUUUUCCUGAGUAUUUGGCUAAAGUUGAUCUGACGGACGAUUUACCAUCUGUGUCUAGAAACAACGAUGUUUCAAUCACUGGUCUGCAUUCUGAGAAUGUUUCCAACAGUGAUAUGGAAAUAAACAUAAGUUCAAUGCAUCGGACCUAUGAGAAAAAGGUUUACAACAUUAAUAGAGACACAAAUAUAAGUUCAAUGGAUCAACAUAACGAGUGUGAAAUCUCAGGACAGCUCUCUCUGCAAAGUGUAUCAUCAAACAAUCAAACCAGUUGUUCUGAAAAUAUUCAACGUGUAACUGGCCAGUUGACUCCUCUCUCUUUCCCUAAACAAAGCUUCCCUUAUCACUCAAAUGUAAAUCCAUUCCUUCCUGUGACCAAGCCAUUUCCUCUACCUUUCCAACACCAACCAACACGACAAUUCCUUCCCUCAACGAGUCAAUCAGUUCCAAAUAAAAGUAUUCCCUAUACAGGAAAUUCUCUAAAAAGAUACAGAAUGAAAAGAGUCAGAUUUUUUCUACCUGAUGGUUCUUUUAAACGAAUAAAUGUAUCAGUUAUUUAUAAAAAUAGAGAAUUAUCAGACUUUAUCAAUGUCAAUAAGGACAAAAAUGGUGCUGUUCGUGUUACAAAUAAAGAUUUGAGAGUAAGUAAAUUCCUGCGGGACCUUUUUCCUGAAUAUUUGUCAAAAGUUGAUCUGACGGAUGAUUUACCAUCUGUGUCUAGCAACAACGAUGACUCAAUCACUGAUAUGCAUUCUGAAAAUGUUUCCAACAGUGAUAUGGAAACAAGUAUAAGUUCAAUGCAUCAGACCACUGAGAAGAAUGUUUCAAACAGUGAAUCAGAAACAAAUAUAAGUUCAAUGCAUCAGACCCACGAGAAGAAUGUUUCAAACUUACAUACAGAACCAAAUGUAAGUUCAAUGCAUCAGACCACUGAGAAGAAUGUUUUAAACAUACAUACAGAAACAAAUAUAAGUUCAGUGCAUCAAGCCAACAGUGAUACAGAAACGAAUAUCUCAGAAAGUCCAUCUUUGCAAAGUGGAACAUUGAAUAGUCAACCCAGUUUUGCUGAAAACAAUCCUGAAGAUUCUAGAAAAGAAUUACCUCUAACAAACAGUCAGAAACUGCUUUCGUCCACUAGAAGUGUACGUGCACCAAAAAUACGUCUGUAUUUAUCUGAUAACUCUACAUUUAAGAUUAAUACUAAUCAUUUAAAGCAUCACAACUAUUUUCUUCGUCUGCAAGACCGAGAAAGGAGUACAGAAAGUUGCCCUCCUCCUGAAUAUAGUGAUUCAUCUUCUGACGAGUCAGAAACCGAAUGGGUUCCAAAGACAAAAUUGUUUAUUUCAGAACCUGAAAGUUGUAGCAUAGAUGAGGUGCAUGUGUUGCGUAGACGUUGGGAGGAGUAUAUAGUUCAGUUUAGUUCAUCAAAAAGAAAUCCAUUUGCUAAAAAGUGGCAAACUUUCAUUGACUGUUCUUCACCCGAUGAAAGGAUUCCUCUUUGCCAAAAAUGGAAAAUUUUCAUGUCUUCUUUAAAUAUCAGAGAGUGUCUCAAGAUACCAAACUCCAUUUUGAAACCAGCUCACGAGCUUGUUGGACUUUCUCAUACUAGACAUAAAUACAUAGCACCCUUGAAAUCCUCUUUGGUAAAUCCUAGUUUAGUCACUGUUUAUUCCUCAGGUGGUGCGAAACUAAAGAUACCUAGGGGCUUGAUCGUGGACAACACGUCGUGGACUGGUAAUAAAGGAGAAAGUCCAACUUCAAACAUGCCUAACACAUCCAACAAAAAAUUCCGUGACAGAAACAUACGACUCUUUUUGGCGGAUGGCUCCGCAUUUAGAAUUAAGAAAUCGGUGUUUAAUUCGAAUAAGUGUUACAACCUUCACCAAAAAGUAUUGACUGAUAUUAAAACAGGUGUGAUAAAACAAGAUGAAAUGCCACCUCCAAUUUAUAGUGACUCAUCGACGGAUGAAGAGGACAGUGAUUGGAUCGAUAAGUCUGGAGUAAUAAUUACAGAGCCCGAUGAUUGUGAGAUUGAUCAAACUCACAUUUUGCGGAGGCGUUGGGAAAAGUACAUUUUGAUGGUGGGCUCUUCAAAAAGAAACCCUGUCGCCAAAUUGUGGCGAGAUUACUUAGAAAAAUCACCCAAAGAACGAAAACCUUUGUGUCAGAAAUGGAAGGAUUUCAUGGAUCAAAGAUUAUGUUUCAGCAGGUUUAAAGUUCCAGAUCCGGUUUUGCAAGAGGUAGGCCUACAUGAAACUUUGGCUACUAGUUCAGGAAGGGAAGCAAGUGAGCUGCAUAAACAUUUACAAGCUUCUGAAUCAUUUUCUCCCGAGAUGGACUUGGAAAAACAUAUAAACUCGAGUAGUCUGACUGUAGUUCAUGCUAUGAAUCCAUGUUCUUCACUCGGAGUGGUUAGGAGAGUCAGGACCAAGAAUAAGAAAGAGAAAAGUCCUGAUUAUGUCACUGCCUUUCUGACUAGUGGUCUCAAGGUAAAACUUCAUCAUUCCAUCAUUCGUAAAAACAGUGAUACAGAAACAAAUAUAAGUUCAAUGCAUCAGACCACUGAGAAGAAUGUUUCUAACAAUAAUACAGAAACAAGUAUAGGCCUAAGUUCAAUGCAUCAGACCACUGAGAAGAAUGUUUCAAACAGUGAUACAGAAACAAGUAUAAGUUCAAUGCAUCAGACCACUGAGAAGAAUGUUUCAAACUUACAUACAGAACCAAAUGUAAGUUCAAUGCAUCAGACCACUGAGAAGAAUGUUUUAAACAUACAUACAGAAACAAAUAUAAGUUCAAUGCAUCAGACCACUGAGAAAAAUAUUUCAAACAGUGAUACAGAAACAAGUAUAAGUUCAAUGCAUCAGACCAAUGAGUCGAAUGUUUCAAACAAUGAUACAGAAACAAGUAUAAGUUCAAUGCAUAAGACCACUGAGAAGAAUGUUUCAAACGUUGAUACAGAAACAAAUAUAAGUUCAACGCAUCAGACCCAUGAGAAGAAUGUUUCAAACUUUCAUACAGAACCAAAUGUAAGUUCAAUGCAUCAGACCCACAAGAAGAAUGUUUCAAACAUUGAUACAGAAACAAAUAUAAGUUCAGUACAUCAAGCCAACAGUGAUACAGAAACGAAUAUCUCAGAAAGUCCAUCUUUGCAAAGUGGAACAUUGAAUAGUCAACCCAGUUUUGCUGAAAACAAUCCUGAAGAUUCUAGAAAAGAAUUACCUCUAACAAACAGUCAGAAACUGCUUUCGUCCACUAGAAGAGUACGUGCACCAAAAAUACGUCUGUAUUUAUCUGAUAACUCUACAUUUAGGAUUAAUACUAAUCAUUUAAAGCUUAACAACUAUUUUCUUCGUCUGCAAGACCGAGAAAGGAGUACAGAAAGUUGCCCUCCUCCUGAAUAUAGUGAUUCAUCUUCUGACGAGUCAGAAACCGAAUGGGUUCCAAAGACAAAAUUGUUUAUUUCAGAACCUGAAAGUUGUAGCAUAGAUGAGGUGCAUGUGUUGCGUAGACGUUGGGAGGAGUAUAUAGUUCAGUUUAGUUCAUCAAAAAGAAAUCCAUUUGCUAAAAAGUGGCAAACUUUCAUUGACUGUUCUCCACCCGAUGAAAGGAUUCCUCUUUGCCAAAAAUGGAAAAUUUUCAUGUCUUCUUUAAAUAUCAGAGAGUGUCUCAAGAUACCAAACUCCAUUUUGAAACCAGCUCACGAGCUUGUUGGACUUUCUCAUACUAGACAUAAAUACAUAGCACCCUUGGAUUCCUCUUUAGUAAAUCCUAGUUUAGUCACUGUUUAUUCCUCAGGUGGUGUGAAACUAAAGAUACGUAGGGGCUUGAUCGUGGACAACAAGUCGUGGACUGGUAAUAAAGGAGAAAGCCCAACAUCAAACACGCCUCACACAUUCACCAAUACUUUCCAAAACGGAAAAAUACGACUCUUUUUGGCGGAUGGCUCCGUAUUUAGGAUUAAGAAAUCGGAGUUUGGUUCGAAUAAGCGUUACGACCUUCACCAAAAAGUAUUGACUGAUAUUAAAACAGGUGUGAUAAAACAAGAUGAAAUGCCACCUCCAAUUUAUAGUGACUCAUCGACGGAUGAAGAGGACAGUGAUUGGGUCGAUAAGUCUGGAGUAAUAAUUACAGAGCCCGAUGAUUGUGAGAUUGAUAAAACUCACAUUUUGCGGAGGCGUUGGGAAAGGUACAUUUUGAUGGUGGGCUCUUCGAAAAGAAACCCUGUCGCCAAAUUGUGGCGAGAUUACUUAGAAAAUUCACCCAAAGAGCGGAAACCAUUGUGUCAGAAAUGGAAGGAUUUCAUGGAUCAAAGAUUAUUUUUCAACAGUUUUAAAGUUCCAGAUCCGGUUUUGCAAGAGGUAGGCCUACACAAAACUUUGGCUACUAGUUCAGGAAGUGAAACAAGCGAGCUGCAUAAACAUUUACAAGCUUCUGAAUCAUUUUCUCCCGAGAUGGACUUGGAAAAACAUAUAAACUCGAGUAGUCUGACUGUAGUUCAUGCUAUGAAUUCAUCUUCUUCACAUGGAGUGGUUAGGAGAGUCAGGACAAAGAAUAAGAAAGAGAAAAGUCCUGAUUAUGUCACUGCCUUUCUGGCUAGUGGGCACAAGGUAAAACUUCAUCAUUCCAUCAUUCGUAAAAACAACGUUUGAUUUGAAUGGUAAGGCUCAGCGCACAGGGUGUGACUGUUUUACAACUGUCGUUGCAGCAACUGUUUUGUGACCUUGGCAAUGUAUUGCAGUGGAGAGGCGCACACGACACAACUGGUUGUAUGCGAUUUCAAAAAACCUUUAAAACCAGUCACAUACAACCGUGGGCCCGACGAUGCAGUUGCGUUUCAGACUUCAGUUGCACGAGACCACGGGGUGUUUUUGUGGUGUUUGGUAGUAUUUUGGUGGUAUUAUGACGGCCGUAUAGUGUUUUUAGUGUUUAUAAUUUCCUAUACCACUAGCUCUAGCUGCUACAAACAGCCUAGUACUAACAUUCUUGCUCAAAUAAGGGUGAACCCAAUGCUCUCUCAGUACCCUUCGCUGUCUGACGUAGUAAGCGCACUUAAGGCCUUAAUACAACGUAACUGCACUUAAAUUCACACUCCACUGAUUGCACAAUAGACGCAACUGUAGUUGUAAAAAAACAGUCACACCUUGUGCGCUGAGCCUAAGACUGCAGUAUUUGAAAAAGACCAUUAUGAUUCUUUGUAUUGUUAAAUUCAAAUUGUUAUGAAUCAAGUGUACAACCCUUUUAGGGUUUUCUAAUCCAUUCAUUGAAAGUAAUUGAUUUUGUGUAGUUUAAAAGAAAGCUAUUGGUUGUAUCAUGACUUUUGGAUACGGAAAUAUGUAUAUCUAUAAUCAUCAUUUCACCCAAUGAAUUAAACAGGUGAAAACUAAGUCUUCAGAACCAUUUGUGUUGUCAUUUAUGCACACGUUAAUAAAUACCACAAAAAGUUGGAACAUAUUCAUGUUUUGUUUUUCGUGUUGUUGGCAGGGUUAUCACUGGGCCCCCAGUAAAAGACUGAUGUUAAUUUACACAUGUCUAGUACAGUUUAGCCCUGGUAGUUUCUUGCAGCCCUUGUUAAAUGUUUGUAUCAUAUCCAAUAUAAAUAUAUUCUAUGAUUUAUAGCCUGUUGUGUUCUAAUUAGGAUCUAAAUAUAACUGGCCAAGGUGUUGAAUCACAUUAUGUUGCUGAAUUCUUACUUUGUCUCCCAUAGCAAUCAAUUUAUACCCAAACCCUAAAACGGUAUUUGGUAUCACCAUCUGACUUCCACCACUCAAAUCCUCUGCAUCGUAUUCCUCAACUCAUCAAUUUCAUGUUUAACUAAGGUGAGGUAGGGCAAAUAUGAUAAGAAAUCUGAAACUUCAGUAAAUAGCUCUUUUCAGUAUUAACUUAACUUAUAAAAAAUCUUAAAAUUUUUUUAGUGUGGUUUUAACACUAAUGCCGAAACCCUACCUAGGCUGACGUUAACCGAAACCCCCGGUCUGUGAGAUCCCAUUUAAAAAUAAUGGAACCCGCUUAGAAACACACAAACCGAAACCCUCGGCCUGUGAGACCCUGCUUUAAAAUACACUAAAGCUGGGCUUCUGAGACGGACAUGUUAUGAACAGACAACCUGUCAAGGUCACGGCACCCAUGCAAAAUGAACAAACAAUAUAUCAAUUGGUAGGGAAGGUAAUGGGGGAAUGGUAUCUCCCAAAUAAACAGUGUUGCCAACAUGCGUUUUUGAAAAUUCCCGUGGGCCUGUCAGACCGGGGUUUCGAUAUUAGUGUUAAAAGGGUUUAUGAUUAAAUAAUAGUAAAUGAAUAACCUGUUCAAGAAAAAAAAAUAAAAAUAGAUGUUAAUCGAGCUCUGGCUUUAUCUCACUUUACUUCUUCUCCUCACCUUUUCUUUGUACAUUCAUCCAAGUUUCUUACAUAAAGAUCUUCCCAAAUUUGUUUUAUUGGAGCUUAUCUCCCCCCUUUUUAUCAUAUGGAUUGGACAUCCAUCUCAAAAGUCAUAUUUUUGCAUCAGCAACUACGGCUGGUGCUUCUAACUGAUCCCUUAGUGUAAUGCUUCAUUUAAAAUAUUUUAAUGCUAAUGAUUACUUUUUAAAUAAAGUAAUAUUUCAUCACUCAUAUACUAAAAACUAUCUAAAGCUAAACCAGAACCAUGCUCUGAAUCACAAAAAAUGGAAUAGGCAGCCUGGUUUCUAAAAUAACAGUCGAAUUAACAAUUUUUGAAAUUUUCCUACAGUUAAAUUAUUAGAAAAGCGUACAAACUUUCUAGAGUUUUGUGGAUUGUCUAUCUGCAAUUCUUUUCUCAUUCUCCCCUCCCCCCCCCCUCCGUUACUGUUAUCCAUUUCACCACAGCGCAAGCUACCGGCUAAAAUUGUGAUAACAACAGGGGUGUAUAAUUUUCCCACUAUAAAUUUCCUUCCAUGACUAUUAGUUAAUAGUUUUGUAAGUUUUAUUUCUUUUUAUAGUUACGUUUACCAAAAUUUAUUUUUUAAAUUUUUUAUUUUAAAUCUCAGAGAGAUCCAACCAAUUCAACCAUUGUUUAAAUAGUUAGGAGUUUUUAUGAUGCUUUGUAUUUUUCAAUAUCAAUUGGUCAACAUUUUGUUUCACGAAUUUGAUAUUUAAUAAGGAAUUAUAAUUUUGUUUAAACUAUGUUGAAUUAUAUAUUGUUGAAUUUAUAUGGAUCCAGUUAAUUUAAUACGGACAUUAUGUGAAUUAACAUUGUUAUUUAUGCAAUCCAUUUCACAGAACACAAAUAGCCUAAAAUUUUUUUAAACUUAAAUGUUUUGUAAUAGUUAAAUUUUUGCACAAAACUUGUAUCAGAUUUCUAUACACUUUACUCCUUUGACAUUAUUACCUAAUUGCAAAAUAUUAUACUUAUUUUUAUUUGUUUACGUUUUACUGUGGAUU